AUGAAUAGCUCAAGAGUGAACGUUGGUGCAGGCAAGCUUUCACACCACUUACAGAAUGCUCAAAAUAGGUUGCUUCUGAAAGGAGGUACGGUUGUUAAUGAUGAUCGCAUGUUCUCUGCUGAUGUCUACAUUGAAGAUGGAAUUAUAAGACAAGUUGGGUCCAAUCUAACGAUCCCAGGAGGUGUUAGGAUGAUUGAUGUCCGAGGGAAAAUGGUUAUUCCUGGUGGCAUUGACACACACACUCACAUGGAAAUGCCCUUCAUGGGGACAUAUUCUGCUGACGAUUUCUAUACAGGAACAAGAGCUGCGUUAGCUGGUGGAACUACAAUGAUUAUGGACUUUGUUUGCCCUAAACGUGGUUCAUCAAUACUGGAUGCGUAUGAGCAUUAUCGCCAAAACGCCGAUAAAAAAGUCUGUUGUGAUUAUGCUCUUCAUGUUAUUGUGCCUCAUUUCGACAAGAAAGUUGCUGAUGAAAUGGAGAUUCUGACAAAGGAGAAGGGUGUGAAUUCUUUCAAAAGUUUCCUCGCUUACCCUGAUGUCUUUAUGCUCGAAGACGAUCAACUCUAUGACUUUUUCGUUCGUUGUCGUGACCUUGGUGCAAUCGCUCAAGUUCAUGCUGAAAACGGUAAACUCAUAGCGCGUAAACAGGAAGAUGUAGUGAAUCGAGGUGUUUUCGGGCCAGAGGGACAUUCCUAUUCACGCCCUGAGCAGUGCGAAAUCGAAGCUACCGGGAGAGCCAUAACUCUGGCUGAUUCUGUCAAUUGUCCUCUCUAUGUUGUCCAUGUAAUGAGUGCUGGGGCAGCUCAAAAGAUAUGUGACGCCAGACAAGAAGGCAUUCUAGUUAUCGGUGAAGCCAUCGCUGCUGGACUCGGAACUAAUUCCAGUCAUUACUUUAAUAAGUGUUGGCGUCACGCAGCAGGGUAUGUCAUGAGUCCACCACUGCGAUCCAGCGGUACUGAAACCGAACUCAUGAAAGCUCUCUCUAAUGGGCAUCUCGAAUGCACUGGUACGGAUCACUGCGUUUUCAAGGCUGACCAAAAGGCACUUGGAAAGGACGACUUCCGCAAGAUUCCAAAUGGUGUAAAUGGUGUUGAAGACCGAAUGUCUGUCAUUUGGGAGAAAGGUGUUAAUUCUGGUAUCAUUGAUCCAUGCAAAUUUGUCGCGAUUACAAGUACCAAUGCAGCAAAAAUUUUCAAUAUCUAUCCACGAAAGGGUCGAAUUGAUGUUGGUUGUGACGCCGAUAUCGUUGUGUGGGAUCCUCAAGCCACACGCACCAUCUCUGCCUCAUCUCACCAUCAAAAUGUCGAUUUUAACAUUUUCGAGGGUAUGGUAUGUCACGGUGUACCUCAAAUAGUUAUCACAAACGGCCACGUGGUUGUGGAGGAGGAUGGUUCCCUGAAAGUUAGUCAAGGAAGUGGUCGCUUUGUUCCUACCCCAUCCUUCUCUCCUUACGUCUACUCAAAAGUGCUCGCUCGAAAUAAGGUAACACUUACGUCAAAUCGAACCGGUAAAACGUGA